UAGGUGAAAGAGCUAUUGUCUCGUAACCACGAGAGAGAGAGAGAGAGAGAGAGGUUGCUUUGGCUGUGACUGAUCAGAGGACCAAACUGAUGGUGAUGGCGAUUAUUGUGGCGGCGGGAAGAUAGAACACCGGCACUGACGGUGGUGGAGGCGGCAGCACCGGUGUUAGCUAAGUGUAUCGGAGCUGGUUCGGUUCUGGGUUGAUUUGAACCAGUAGACUUGGAGCGGGUUUUCACGUUUAUUUAAUUCUCAAAGUUUUAGCUUUUAAGGGAUUGAUGGAUUCAGUUAAAUAUUGAGAGAUUGGAUUUGGAAAACUUAUAAAAGAUGUCACUAAAGAGUUUUAUGCGCGAACUGAAGGAAAUGAAAGAUGGGAUUGGUAACAUAUCAAAGAGAGGAGGGGAAAGCAAGCUUUGGCGUAGCCGUGCUCGAUCCCAUGUUGCUCCAGACCGAGCACCAUUCGAGUCCAAAUUUGUCGAUCAAAGCCCGUGGGCAAAUCUACCGCCUGAAUUGCUCUUGGAUAUCAUCCAAAGGGUUGAAGAGAGCGAGACAGCUUGGCCUGCUCGAGCUGUUGUUGUGUUUUGUGCUGCAGUUUGUAGGUCCUGGAGGGAAAUUACGAAGGAGAUUGUGAAGACUCCUGAGCAGUGUGGAAGGCUCACAUUUCCUAUAUCAUUGAAGCAGCCGGGUCCCCGUGAGUCUCCAAUUCAAUGCUACAUUAGAAGGGACAGAGCAACUUCUACUUAUCUUUUGUUCUAUGGUUUGGUGCCUUCCGAGGGAGAGAGCGAUAAAUUGUUGUUGGCAGCAAGGAAGGUCAGAAGGGCAACAUGCACGGACUUUGUUUUAUCAUUGGCUGCAGAUGAUUUUUCUAGGGCUAGCAACACAUAUGUUGGUAAACUAAGAUCUAAUUUUUUGGGUACCAAGUUCACUAUACAUGACAGUCAACCACCGUGUGACUCGAUAAUCCCAUCUACUUCUCUAUCAAACCUUAGAUUCCACUCCAAGCAGGUUUCUCCAAGAUUACCUGCAUGCAACUACAGCAUAGGUACCAUUACCUAUGAGCUCAAUGGUCUGCGAGCACGAGGACCAAGGAGAAUGCAUUGCAUUUUGCAUUCAAUUCCUGUCUCUGCUAUCCAGGAAGGAGGCACUGUCCCGACACCGUCUGCAUUCCCCUAUUCUUUCAAUGAACAACUUUCUCCCCUAACCAGUUCCAGAGGAAAUGAGCCGGCAAUAGACACCAGCUCCCCAAGCCUACCAGCCACACCUGUAUGCUCCCUGGUAUCAGGAGAGCCAUUAACCCUAAAAAAUAAGGCUCCGAGAUGGCAUGAACAAUUACAGUGCUGGUGCAUAAACUUUAGGGGGCGUGUGACGGUGGCAUCCGUUAAGAAUUUCCAGCUUUCUGCAGCUGUUGAUCCAUCAGAUAAUGUAUCACUCGAAGAGAAAGAGAAGGUAAUCUUACAGUUUGGAAAAAUUGGAAAAGAUAUCUUCACCAUGGAUUAUCAAUACCCUCUAUCUGCUUUCCAAGCCUUUGCUAUCUGCCUUAGCAGCUUUGACACUAAACCAGCUUGUGAAUGAUCAUCCCCGGUCGGACCACAUCAUUGAUUUGACCCUUCUAGUCAUCUCAAUCAAGCUGAGAAGUUCUAUUCCAAACUGGCCUGUGAACGACAGCAUGUUGGUAGGAAAUUCGCAACUUUCUGCUCUAGAAUUCUUCCUUUAAUAUUAGCAAAGUUUACCCUUACAUUAUUUCUAGUCUUCACAAUUAAUCCGAGCAGUUCUAUCCCAAACUGGCUUAAUGGCAGGGUGUUAGUAGAAAAUUCG